AUGAAGUCUGUGUGCACAUUCUUUUUUAUUUGUAUUAUUAUUCCUCUUACACAAGGUUUUAGGAUGAAUUUUGGUCAACAAAAGCAGCAACAGCAACAGCAGCACAAUUCCUAUGAAGAUACGGUAUUAGAUAAUCCAUGUCCGAGCUAUUUAUGUACGGAUACAUUAGCAUGUGUAGGAUCUCCAAAAGAUUGUCCUUGUCCAUUUCCUAAAUCACAGUUAAAAUGUAUAUUGCCAGACGAUAAAUAUAUCUGUAUAUCAAAACCUGCAUCACACGAUCCUAAAAUAAACGCAAUAUAUGAUGAUCCAAUCAAAGGUCCAAAGGCUAACUUCCCUGGAUUCAGAGACUGUGGUUGGGUACUUGAAAAUAUAUAA